UCAGAAGAAGAGUACCUGCCUGGGCUUUUCUAAGCUCUAUAGAGCGAGAAAGUUUUGAUUUUUCUCCAGCCAAGUAGGCAAGAGAAAAUAUGGCUGAGAUGGUGAUCCUCCCUUUGAUACAGAAUUUAGGCUCUCUACUAAAUGAUGAAGCCAAUUCUCUCUUACAAGUGAGGCCAGAAGUAGAGUUACUCCACAAAGAACUCAAGCUGAUGACUGCCUCUCUGAAGGACGCAGAUGCAAUAUACCACAAAAGCGAGCGGGCAAAAGAGUGGGUGAGACAACUCAGAGAGUUGGCCUUCGAAGCAGAAGACACCAUCGAAGUCUUUGUAUACGAAGUGGUGCAGAGAUGGCGGGGCGGUGUGGUUCGGAAGAUCAUCAAGUUCCCAAAACUUCUUAUUAAUGCUCACCAGUUUAGAGGGAAGAUCCAAGACAUCAAUGGAAAGAUCACAAAGCUGAAAGAUGACCAAAUGAAUUAUGAUAUCAAGCCUCUAGAGAGGGGUCAAACAUUUACUCAAACACAUCAACUUGAAGUUUCUUCGAGUGCACAAAAAUUUUGGCCGGUCGAUGUUGUGGGAUUACAAAGCGAAGCAGAGAAGCUAGCGAAGUUGCUGAUGAAAAAGGAGUCCCUUGGACGGUUCAGUGUUGUCUCAAUUACCGGCAUGGGAGGAUUGGGAAAAACCACCCUUGCUCGAAAAAUCUACGACAGAGAUGAUGUGAAAAGGCACUUUGAUUGUCAAGCCUGGGUUCAUAUAUCAAAAGAAUAUAGAAUGAAAGAUGUUCUGUACAACAUCAUAAAACAAGUUAUGGUGCUCACAGAAGCAGAGAGAGAGGAAUUGGCAUCAAAGGAGGUUGUAAUUUUGGAGGAAAGGCUUUCUAAUUUUCUCAAAGAGAAGAAGAAUUCUCUCUUCUUAUUGGACGAUGUAUGGAGCAGAGAAGAUUGGGAUAAACUGAAAAACACCUUCCUCGUUCCAUGUGACGGUCAACAAUGCAGAGUGUUGCUGACAACUCGUGAUGAAGGAAUAGCCCGGCAUGCCGACCCGAAUGCUGAUCCAUACAAGCUUAAACAUUUAGAUGAAAAGAAGAGUUUAAAACUUUUCUCAAAGGUGUUCUUCCGAUCGCCAAAUGAUGCAGACGCAGAAUCAAGUCUCAAUAGUCUCAACAAGGAGAUGAAAAAACUGGCAACAGAUAUUGUUCAAAAAUGUGAUGGAUUACCGCUAGCCAUUGUGGUAUUGGGAGGCCUUUUAUUGGAAAAAAGGUUGACUACUAUUGCUGAAUGGAAGAAAGUACUCGACAGUGUGGAUUGGCAUUUAGACACGAGUAACUGUCUAAAGGUAUUAAGUCUGAGUUAUACCGAAUUACCUUCUCACUUGAAGUCUUGUUUUCUUUAUUUUGGGUUUUUCCCGAAUGAUGCUGAGAUCGAGAGGGACAAAUUGAUUCGGCUAUGGGUUGCAGAGGGAUUUCUGGAACCAAGAGGGAAUUUAAGAAUGGAAGAUGUAGCUGGAGAUUGCCUUGAAGAGCUGAUGCAGAGGAACUUGAUUCAUGUUGCCAAGUGGAAAUCAAAUGGGGUACCUCAAUCAUUUAUUAUUCAUGAUCUCCUCUUGAAGUUAGCAAUAUCAGAAGCUAAGGAAAGUAACUUUCUUAACAUCUCCACUCCUCAAAAGUCCUUGAAUUGCUAUCGUCGUGUAGCCCUCCGUGAUAAGUCUAGUGAAGAUAAUAUGGCUCAGUCUCCUAACCAUUCUUCCUCCAUAAAUUCUUCAAAUCUUCUCCGCACCUUGCUCUGCUUCACUGAAAUGAACCCGUCUCUUUACAGAGAGUUCAAACUACUUAAUGUAUUGGAUCUUGAGGAUGCCCCAGGUAUUAAAACCUUACCCAAGGAAAUAGGAAAGCUCAUUUUUCUCAAAUACUUGAGCUUCCGUGGAACCGGCUUGAAAACUCUUCCACCUUGGGUUGGCAACUUGUAUAACCUGCAAACUCUCAAUCUUUUUGGUACCAGAAUUGAUGAAUAUCUCCCAAUUGAAAUCUUAAAAUUGGAGAAGUUGAGGCAUCUUCUAUGCUAUAGAAGAAUUCCAAAGUGGAGAUCUGAUGAUUCCAUUGUUAAGAAAGCUAUUGAGAUUUGUCGAUGCUCUUCUCCUCCUAGACAGAGACAGCUUGGGGAACUAAGUCAUCUUCAGACACUAUGGCUUCGACCAGGCGAUUGGAUAGAAGAUGGCCUCGAAAUGUUGACAGAUCUCAGGGACUUGAGAAUAGGUGGGUAUGAAGGACACCUAGAGAACUUCAGAGAGGCAUUAUCUCAAGCCAUUGUCAAAUUGGUGCGCCUUGAGGUGCUAUUCUUGUUAGAAUUAGGAGGCACUGAAAUAUUUUUCCCUUCAUUUUCAAACCAUGUGUAUCUCUAUGAUCUCUACAUUGGCGGAUGCAUACGGAAGCUACCAGAGUUCAACAACUUCCCACCGAAUCUCACGAGGUUGCGUUUGGCUAACACUCGUUUAGAAGAAGACAUGAUUGUGAUACUUGAGAAGCUGCCCAAAUUGAAGGAACUCACAUUGGAUAAGCAACCAUAUGAUGGAGUAGUGAUGAAAUGCUCUGCAAGAGGGUUUCCUAAACUAGAGGAUUUGACUCUCCAUGAGUUUCAUUGUCUAAGGAAUUGGAUAGUGGAGGAAGGAGCACUGCCUAAUCUGAGGAUAUUGGAAAUGAAUGAGCUUUAUGGGUUAAAAGGGAUUCCCAAUGGGCUGAGGCAUGUCACAAAACUGCAGAAACUUACAUUGGCUAUGCCAAAGGAGUUCCUUGAGAGGGUUAAAGAAGGUGGAGACGAUUGGGAGAAGAUCAAACAUGUACCUUCCAUCAAUACAAGGGAAAAAGAAAUCCCAAUAGAGAUAUCCCAACACCUUCCUGGAUAUGAACGCCAAUGGGUUGACAUCUACCGGGGAGAUAAUCCCUCAUGUUGAUUAAAUGAGAA